AUGGAAGAACGAGCUAUUCACAUUUCCUCUAUUAAUAGGGAAAAAAGAGGAACAAGCAAACCUGGUGAUUUUACUAUUAAGUUUAAUCCAUCUCUAAAACUUAACCCUGAUAAAAAACACCAACUUGCUCUUGAUCGGUUGUCAAUGACUUACUCUUGGUAUAAUAUUAGAAGUGAUUAUGGAAACAAUAAAAUCAAAUACACUCAUGAUGGAAGGACUUGGCAAACAAUUACUUUUACAGAUGGAAUGUAUUCCUACUCAGAUAUUAAUGAUUACAUUCAUCAAUACAUGUCUCAAAAGACUCAUCACACAACAGAUUCCAAAGGUGAAAAGAAGUAUUCAAUCAAUCUAACUUUUAUUCUCUCCACAUAUCGAGUUCUCAUAUCACUUGAUGGUGAUUAUCAACUUGAUCUAAGAGGUACAGAUUUUGGAGACCUGAUUGGAUUUGAAAAGAAACUUAUUACAAAAACAGAGUAUGGAACAAAACUACCAAAUAUAACAAAUUCGAUUGAUGUGUUAAAUAUCAACACAACCGCAAUAACUAAUAGUAUUGUAAAUGGAAUAAAUACAAAUACCAUUGCUGUAAUACCAACAGACAAUCUAACAAGGUCUUUUCCAUUUACGUUUGAACCUAAAAGACCAUUGUAUUGUGACACCUCUUCAUUUCACAUUGAUGAAAUGAGAAUCUAUGUGACAGACUCACUUGGAAGACCAGUAAAUUUUAAUGGUAUUGAUUGGUUUAUGACUUUGAUACUUCACUCAAUGUAAACCCCCCUGCCCGCUAAUAAAAUCAUUUUGUAUAACUAUUAAAUUAAAAUGAGUAGACAAUCAGAGUUUAAAAUGAAACUUGACCCUGAAUUGGGUAGAUAUACAAGACAACAUAUUUAUGGAGAAGGAGUAAUGGAUGUGUUUAAAUCAGUUGGUACAAAAUUAUUUGGAAAAACAGUCAAAUCAGCUGUCAAAAAAGGAGCUAAAAAAGCAGUGACAGCAGCUGCAACAAAAACCGGUGAACAUGUUGGUAAAAAGGCUGGUGAUAAGAUAGUGCAGUUGUUAUCAAACGGGGGGGUUGCAUCCCCCCGAAAACCCCCUGCAAAAAAAGUUAGAUUUAAUAAAAAUGUUGAAAAAAUAUCUCAACAAGAGAUAGAUCAAAUGUUGAAUAACCUUCUUAGUGGAGGUUCAACACGUAAGAGAAAAUUAUAUAAUUAUCAAAAUAAAAUGAAGUCUUUUAGAAAUCCAAAAUAUUUAGAUAGAUAUGAAGAUGUUGUAUUUGACCUGGAACAGUCUUUAGAUACGACUCCAGCAAAUAACGCUCACCAAACUAAAACAGGUCUUAGAUUUGUUGCUGAUAAUACAGGAGAAACUACUCCUUUUGAUUGGUAUAACGCCAGACUAUCAAUGGAUUUUAAAGUAAAUAAGCUGGCAGAUGGUGGAAACAUUGCUGUUGCAGAUCAUAACGGAAUUGUAAAUGGUAGUAACUCAUUUAUAGAAAAAUUAAGUAUCCUAGCAAAUGGUAGAGAGGUCUAUAGUUGUAACUACGCAAAUCAUGUUGUAAAUAUUAAAAAUUUGCUUGAGUAUAAUCCUUCAUAUGCACAGAGUGUUGCUACAAACGAAUUUUAUUUUCCUGAUACAUCAACAGCUGCAGAGGAAAGAGAAUUUGAAGUUAGUGGCACAAAUCAGUUAGCUAAAAGAAAAGCAACAUAUAACAAAGGCUUUGCUGCAAGAAAAGCUCUAUUAGGUGUAUCAGCCACAGUAAAUUGUGAAAUUCCUCUUAAUAGAUACUCCUUCUUUGAAGCAUUGGAAGACAAGCUGCUUCCAAAUACAAAAAUUGAGCUAAAUAUUGAAAUUGAAAAAGAUGCAAAUUUAAUUUUUCAAGCCGCUGAUAAUUGUAGAGUUAUUAUAACAAGACUACAACUUUUUAUUCCGAAACUUACGUUUAAUUCAGAAGGACAAAAGUUGUACAUGGAGAAUUAUCUUAAACCUUACAAAUGGAUAUAUUUGAAUGAAGUAGUUGAAAGAUCAAAUAAUUCACAGCAACAGACAGGUCAUUUUAGAAUUACAAAUGCUAUUUCAAAACCAAGGCAUGUAUUUGUUUUUGGAAUUGAUACAGCAAGAAUUGAUUCACAAACAGCAAAUCCAUUUUUAUACGACACUUUUAAUCUACCAAAUAAUGCAAAUAUAAGAGAUUGUUACCUAGAAGUUGCCAAUGGAAACGAAUAUCCUGAUAUUCACUUUAAACCUUCUACAGAUUUGUCAAGAGUUUUUAGAAAUGUAAUGUCAUACGUCUAUGUAAAUAAUGAUUACCAAGGUGGGACAUUACUUAAUAUAAGUAAUUUCAAAACUUUAUUUCCUUUUGUUUAUUUUGACCUGACAAAACAAAAAAUGGAUAUCAAAGAUGGGGUCACAAAAUUAGCAUUUCAUUAUGAAUUAACUGCUAAUCCAAACGCCGAUUAUAAUAUUUACGCUUUAGUCUUACAUGAAAGAAUAGCAGAAAUAUCGCAACAAGAUGGAAAACUAUUACUCCGUGCUUAAUCUAAAAAUAAAAUAAAAAUGGCAAAUCCUUUUGAUAUAUAUCCACCAGUAACUUUAGAAAAAUAUCCUUUUUUAAAAGAAAAUAAAUACUUUGAAUAUGUUAUAAACUUAACUCCAUCACAAAUAAAAGAUUUUGGAAAAAACAAUAUUAUAACUUUAGACUUCAAAUCUAAUAAAGAACCUUAUAAAGUUUUUCUUACAAAUUCCCAAAUUAAAAAAGUAGAGACUGCAAAAAAAAAACUUAAGAAAAAAAUUGAUUUAAAAUUCAGUAAAACUCAGUUUAAAAAAACUUUGCCUUAUGUUACUAGAUUAAAUCAUUCGUGGAUAAAGCAACGAGCUAAAGAUCGACUUGAGAUUUUAAAAAAAAGAAAAUGCUAAGAAAGCAAAACAAUUAAAGAAAUUAAAACUACAAGACCAACUUGAGAUUUUAAAAUCAGACAAUGCUAGGAAAGCCAAAAAAUUAAUGUCUUUGAAAAAUAAAAUUAAUCUUGAUACCUUUGUUAAAAAUACACUAAAAGAAUUAAAUAAACCUAAAAAUAAACCUAAACCUAAACCUAAACCUAAGAAAAAAAUUAGUGACAAUUGGUUUAAUUUUCUUUCAGAAAUUAGAAAAAAUUAAUAUACUCACUAUUUACUCAUUAGUCUUAACAUUAAGUUUGUUACUUAAUCCAACAAAAAAAAUAUUAAUAUAAUUAUUAAAAUAAAAAUGACUACUUACUUUGAAUACGAUGUAAAACUAACAGAUGGGCAAAAGUCAAAACUGGCUUCUGCAAUAAGAAAUAAAUCACCACUAACUCUUCGGUUAAAACACUCUCAGCUUAGAGGUUCUGAUGAGUUAAUGCUAACCCAAAGACAAAUUUCUAAAAUAAAAAAAUCUAUUGCAAAUGGCACAGGAUCAGAUAUAAAGAUAAGUAAAACACAGAUUAGGCAUUCUGUAAAACAUGGAGGAAACUUAUUUUCAUCACUCGCAUCUCUUGGAGCGCGAGUACUACCUUACGCAAUAAAAGGAGUUUCAAAAGCUGUUCCUGCAUUAGCAACUGGUGCUGCUACUGCACUUGGAGAACUUGGAAUAAAUAAAAUAUUUGGAAAAGGAAUUACAAUUCCAAAAAAGUUUUUCCCAAUGUUACCCGCUAUUAGAGGAGAAUUAACCAAAUCACAAAUAGAUCUAAUAAAUAAGAUGUUUCAAUCUGGUGGACGAGUAGUUAUAAAACCAACUCGAAAACAGAUAGAAGGAGGAUUUCUUGGAACUCUUGCUUCUAUUGGUAUUCCAAUGGCAAUUAGUUUAGUAUCUAAGAUGUUUGGUGGGGGUCUUCAGGUUGAUAGACGUGGAUCAUCUAAUACAUCAAAUGUUUACGUUCCACCUCCUCCUCCUCCCCCAUCAACAUAUGGUGAGGGUUAUCCUUAUCACUUUCCACCACCUUUUUUAGGUACAUGGAACAACCCAAUUGGAAUGGGGGUAAAAAAAAAAAAGUCCAAGGGCAAGGGUCUUCUUCUAGGAAAAAACAGCCCAUUCAACUCAAUUCCAAUUCUCGGAACCAUUUUGUAAUGGGGGGAGUGCCUCCCCCCAAAACCCCCCUGCUCACUUCCUUUGUUAUUAAACCUCUUUCCAACUUUGAUCUUUUGGAUUGGAUAAAAAGACUUGGUAUUAAACAUUUUAGAGGAAUUUAUAGUCGUGAUGGACUACCAAAAAAGAUAAGAAAAGAAUGUGGAAUAAUUAAUCUAGAUGAUAUUACAGGCCCUGGAACACAUUGGGUUUGUUAUAGAAAUAUAGAUGGGGAAAGUGCCUCCCCCCAAAACCCCCCUGCUGCUUGGAGUGGUGUAGUUGAGUACUUUGAUCCUUUUGGACUAAUAAUGCCAAAGGAAGCAUUAAAGUAUUUUCGUACUUCUGGAAAACGAAUAGUUUACUCAAUGGAUGAAAUACAAAAUCGCAAUACUGUUCUCUGUGGUUAUUGGUGUUUAUACUAUCUGUUUGAGAGACAAAGGGGUAGUAGUAUUCUAGAUGUAAUACAUAACCCACAUUUUGAUAAUGACAACAGUGAUUUUAUAAAAGCGUACUUUGGAGGGUGAACCUAAGGUUCUAAGUAAAAAUAAUAUUUAAUAAAUAUUAUUUUUUUAUUCACUAUCCGCUGGUGUAUCCUUUAGUUGCUUAACUUUCUCAACUUUUUUAUUUAAAUCUUUAACACUAUCAACUAUUUCAUCAAAACUACAAUAAAUAUCAAUAAGGCGAUAAAGUUUCUUCUUUUUAUCAUUAUUUAUUUUCAACCAAGAAUAGUCCUCAUCUCUGAUCUUUUUCCACAUCUCACAUUCACCAGCCACUAGUAUUCUAGAAAGAUCAUCAUUUUUCUUUCUAAGAGACUCAAACUCAUUAUUUAUUUGUGUUCGAACAUCUUUCUCAAAAUCUUUUAGUGUUUUAACAUCCAUCUUUUUUUCUAUCUCAGAAAAGAACUUGGCUUCCAUUUGUUUUAUGAAUAGAUAAAGUAUUUUGGGGGGUUAAAUAUUUUUCUCAAUUCUAUGUAUUACUUUGUAAUGAUUAUUUAGUGUUGUUUUACUACGAAAUGCUUUUGGGCAAUAUUUACAAGGAAUACGAACACCAGCCAUAUAUUUAUGAAUAAGUUUGCUAAUCUUAUCAUAAUCAUUACUUAGAAUAAAUGCAUAAUCGUUACUACGAUACUUUUCUUUCAUUUUUAUUUGAGAUUCUGAUACGCAGUAAUUAUUAGUUGGUGAUUUGAAUUCUAUACAUAAUCCCCGAUAAUCUUUGUGAUAAUUUAAUAUCAUUAGAUCUGGGGUCCCGCGCAAAUAACCUUUCUUAUACGAAUCCAGUCUCUUUUCCUCAAUAUCUUGAUUCUCCCCCAGUCCAGCUACUAAUAUCGAAUCAGGAUAGUAAUUUCUAAUUAGUUGAACAACUUUGUAAUGAAGGUCUCUCUCAUUACCAAUCAUUAUCAUCUUAUUCCAAGGACUAUCAAACAAUUUAUAUUGUCCAUAUUUUCUUAUUGAAGGAAGGACUUGUGAAGUAACCCAAUGUUUAAACUUCUUAGCUGUUUCUAAUUUAGAGGAUAACAAAAGGGAGUAGAAACCAGAUUCAUUUAUAAAAAUAGGAGGUCUACCUCUUUUGGAAUAACCCGUCGAAACGACGGGAAAAGAUUUUUCGGAAUAACCCGUCGUUUUGACGGGGCAGCUUUUGACCUGACCCGUCGUUUUGACGGCCCCUUUAUAUUUAUCCUCUUCCUCAACAUGUUUUCUAAUUGCUUGAUUAGUGUCUUUAUAGCCAAGUAUCUCAGCUACCUCUUGACCAAGAAACCAAAUAUUUUGUUGUUUGUCAAUAAAUGAUUUUAACUCAAUUCCUAAAUCUUUAUUAGUAAACUUCUUCUCCAGCAUGUUUGUCAUUUUAUAUAAUAAUUAUAUUCUUUAAGUCUUAAUUUAUCAUAUAAAAAAAUAAUUACCUUUUACAACUUUGUUGAGAGUACUUGAUUUUUCACUUAUUUCCAUAAGCAACUCAAAUACUUUUAUAAAUCUAGUGUCAUUUUCCAAUCUAGCAAAAUCAGCAUAUUCAAAACUCAUGUUUAAAUUGUUAUAUAUCUUUUGAAGUUCACUUCUCAAAAAAUUAGAUCUGGUAGACAUAUUUUAUCUAAACAAUAUAUUAAAUGAAAGAAUCAUAUUGUAUUGUAGAUAAAAGAGUAACUCCUUGCACAGAGCCAAGUGGUUACCAAACUGAUAAAAGAGGGCGAACUCAAUUCUACUGUAGAUGUGCAGUUUGUGGAAAUAAAAAAGUUAAAUAUGUGAAAAGUGGAUCAGCUUCUCAAAGUGGCAGUGGAAAAAAGAGAAAACGAAAGUCAAAAAACUAAACAGCCCGUCUGAAGGGGCGGGCGUCUUUGAUACUGUAGUUGGUACAGCAGUUGAUGGUUUUGUUAAUUAUGGUUUACCUUGGAUGGGUAAAAAAGCAGUUGAAAUGGGGCGAUAUGGAGCAAGUGAGUUAAUGAGAAAUAAAAAUAUUCAGAAGAAAGCUGUAAAUUAUGGAAUCAGUAAACUCACUCCAUUUAUUCAAGAUUCUGUUGGAACAGCAAUGGAUCAACUGUCAACAAAAGUGAGACCAAAUAAAAAGUAUAAAACUGAUAGAAAGGAUUUAGAUGGUGCUGGAAUAGUUGAUAGUGCAUUAACAUCAGGUGCAUUUGGAUCUCCGUAUCAUGUGGAUUUUAAAAAAGGAUUCCAAUUAUUGACUGACCCUGAUUUAUUUAAACAACCAAGUGGUGAUGAAAUCAAAGAUGCUAAAGCUCGUGUUAAGUACUACAAGGAGCAGUACAAAAAAGCUAAAGCUAAUGGUUACAAGGGAUCAUAUACAAGUUUCGUUAAAAAAAAGGGUUGGGCGGGAAAACCAUCUUUUACAUUCCCGGGAUUUGGAGGAGCAAUAGAUAUCCAUAAACAGAUUGGUAAAUUACCAAAACCAAAAGGUGGAUGGACCUUACCAGGCCAUAAAUAUACGGGUCCUUAUAACGAUCUCGAAAACCAAGUGCGAUACAAUCCGGAAACUGGUGAAAUACUAGAAAUUUACGAUCAACCAACUGGAGCAACUGAUGCUGUGGCCAUGCAACAUGAUGUUGAUUAUAGUGUUUGUGGUGAUGACCGAAAGUGUAAAAAUAAAGCUGAUAGAAAAAUGGUAAAAUCUUUGGAUGCAAUUCCUUGGAAAGAAAGACAAUGGGGGCAUACUUUAGCUAGAACAAUUAUAAAUACAAAACAA